AUGGACAACGAAGCGCUUCUCGAUCUCGUAGAAGAUACUAUCAACCCGUUGAACGAUGCUGCAGUCUUCCUUAAUAACAAGUACCAACGCCACGCCAGACAUCGCAAGGCCAAUAAGGUGCUCAGAGGGCUGAUUUGCGAGUUGUACAUACUAAUCAGCAACCUUUCCGUGUUCCGCACAAACUGCAGUGCUGCUCACAAACACUUGCAAGGUUUGACCGGAAGUCUUCUUCAGCUUUGUACAUGGCAUCAUCUCGAGCCCGACAGAAUUCCAACCCUUAUCAAUAUCGCAGGACACUCAAAUCAGAAAUACGUGACCGAUGCUCUGAUUGCAUUCGUUGAUGCCACCUUCGAUGCUCAAUCAGCGCCAUUCGCCAAACUUGAGGGCUCAUUGAAGUUCGCAGCUAAUGGAACAUCAGGCAUAGACGAUCUCAAACUACAGGACAGUACACGCAGCGAAACUCUCGCCGUCAAUCGCACAUCUCGCUCGACCCGUAUCGACUUCGGCGACGAAAAGCCACAGAGUGAGCUCGCAACAAGCCAUGGAUCAAGACCGAUCAGUGCAAUUUGCGAUGUCUACACUUGCGAAGAGAACAAUGGGCCCGUGGUCUAUCGAUUGCAAGUCGAUGGAGAAGAGCUGACUUUCUUGCCGGACACUUAUAUCAGCGAUCAGGAGCUUGCUCAACGCCCCUGCAAAGACUUGCCUGAACUAUGCCAGAGCAUGGAGCUCUCUUCAAUCGAUAAAGUCACCCUCAUCUGCAUUCUUGCAGAAUCAGCACUACGUUACUACCAUUCCAGCUUCGUGAAGAUGAAAUCGAUAGCGGAAAGAAUCCACUUUCUUCCCGAAGAGACAGAUUCGAGUCAAUGCUUGUUUCGUCCUAUACGUCCAUAUAUCACAAUCGAUCGCGAUACAUUCGACUCGGAGCAGGAGAAAGAGUUUCUGGACGGAUUUGGCCUCCCCCAUCGAUUCCCCCAAAUCCUCGCUUUGGGUAUGAUAAUGAUACAGAUAUGUCAAGGAUGCUUCAAUCAAACCAACCUGAGUUACGAAGGGAAGACUAUCAGCAUUCAUUUCGUCCAGGCAAAAAGACUUCUAAAUUCUGAACAUUGGCCAACUUUGAAUUCCGUCAAUGGUCAAGUCCGACAGGCUGUUCGACAGGCGGUAAAAGCUUGCUUCGACAGUUGUAUGAACAACUCCCAACUGGGCCGCGAGAGCUUGCAGCUCCGCAAAGUCUUCGUGCGCGAGCACAUCGUCCUUCCACUGAGAACUAUUUCACCCCAUCUGACCUUCGUGGGCAAAGGAGCCGCGACAGAGUUCCUCCCCACGCUGCCCACAAGCACCGCUGGAUAUGAAGCCGAUCGCAACAACAGCACUGCACAGCGACAAUUUAUGGCUGAUAUCCAGCUACCUUCAAGUGGUGAGAACAAGGGAAAGCAACGUAUGCAUUCCGGGAUGGGCUCAUACAAUGAUUUCAAUAGUAGUGCAGGCAUCCAGAACAACCUCGCGCAAAAUGACGGAUCGUACAAUAGACAAUACCAUGCACAAGUGUUGGUGUUCGGCAACAGGCACGAAUGA